CGGCGCGUCUUCUCUUUCCCCGGAUCUUGGUUUCCAAAAGAGGCGGAGCUUGAGGGGAACGGCAAAGUGAAAGAUGGUGCAGCGUCUCACCUACAGAAAGCGGCAUAGCUAUGCCACAAAGUCUAAUCAAACCAGGGUUGUCAAAACCCCAGGCGGAAAGCUUGUUUAUCAAUACACAAAGAAGAGGGCGAGUGGGCCAAAAUGUCCCGUGACUGGAAAAAGAAUUAUCGGGAUUCCUCGAUUGAGGCCAGCUGAAUACAAGAGAUCAAGAUUACAGCGGAAUCGAAGAACAGUUCACCGAGCUUAUGGCGGCGUUCUAUCUGGUGGAGCUGUCCGUGAAAGGAUCAUCCGAGCCUUUCUGGUAGAGGAGCAGAAGAUUGUUAAGAAGGUUCUGAAGAUUCAGAAAGCCAAAGACAAACUGGCUGCAAAGAGCUGAUCAGUUGAUAUGUUGGAGCCACCCAUUGGAAAGACCUUUCUAGUUUUAUUUUCUAAUGAAGAGAAUUUUGACUACAUAAUCAUUAUUGUCAUUUGUAUGUCUCUGUUUUAAAUGUGCCUGGAUUGAAUUUUAUUUUGAAUUCUUCUUUUUUAUAUUGUUUUCUGUAGAACUUGGUGGAAGACUUUUUGUUCAUUUUCAAA